GUCCAUAUCCAAUCAUUCAGACCGCACGGCGGGCAGCCUAUUUUCUAUUUUAUCAAACCAGUCAACCCAAAAAAAAACACAAGCAUAUAACCCCAGAAACAUACAUAUUCCUAUCCACAGGACAAUGAAAAUUGUGAAGAAGAACAUCAGCGCAAAGGACGGUAGCGGUACCGUUAUGCUUCCGCCGGAAACCCCCGAGGAUCUCUGGCAUUCUUACAACCUCCUAAAGAAGGAGGAUCUGGUUCGAUGCACGACCGUCCGCAAGGUGAUCAAGGAAUCCAGCACCGGGUCGACGACCAGCUCCAAGAAGCGCCUGAUGCUAACGAUCUUGUUGGGGAAGAUCGACUUCGAUCCCGAUGCCCUGCAGGUCCGCCUGAGCGGGCAGGUCCGCAACCAGAACGAGCUGGUCCGCCUUGGUGCCCACCACACCCUCAUGCUUGAGCUCCACCAGAACUUUACAAUCGAAAAGGACUGCUGGGACCAGAUCUACCUGGAGAUCCUCGAGGAAGCCUGCAACCCGACCGCCAGGCCAAGCUGGCCGCAAUAGUGAUGCACAGCGGGUUGGCCCAUCUGUGUUUGGUCACCGGAUCGCUGACCAUCACCAAGGCCAGGAUCAAGACCAACAUUUCCAAGAAGCGGACGGGAUCCUCUCAGAACAGCAAGGCCAUUACCAAGUUUUUUGAGGCCAUCUACCAGGCGAUCUUGAGGCACGUCGAUUUCACCAAAGUUAAGGCGCUCCUGAUCGGAAGCCCCGGAUACACCAAGGACGACUUUUUUGCCUACCUCAAGGAAACCUGCGUCAAGCGGGACGACAAGCCACUGCGGGAUGCCGUCCACCAGGACAAGUUUGUCCUGGUGAGAGCCUCAAACGGACACAAGUAUGCCCUGGAGGAGGUCUUUUCCGAUCCUGUCAUUGCAAAAAAAAUCGAAGACACCAAGGUCGUCAAGGAGGUUGCAAUCCUCGGAAAGUUCAUGCGGAUGAUGGACACGGACCCCGACAAGGCCUACUACGGGUAUUCCCACGUCAAAUCGGCGGCGGACCAGUGUGCCAUCGAUUCCCUCCUAAUCACGGACGAGCUCUUCCGGGCGCCGACCCCGCAGGUUCGUUGCAUGUACGUGGAUCUGGUGGAGAACGUCCGGUCCAACGGCGGGACGGUCUACAUCUUUUCCGCCCUGCACAUUUCUGGACAGCAGCUGGGACAGGUCAGCGGCGUCGCGGCCAUCUUGCGGUAUCCCCUCCCGGACCUCGAGGAGUUGGAGCUAGAGUACGAGGCAGCGAUGAUGGGCAACAACAACGACGAGAGCGAGGACGAGGACGAGGGCAUCGAUGAGGUCCAGGAGGACCUCGACGACAUGCACUUUUAGCGGUCUCUUCGAGUUGGUGAAGUGCACGCAGCAUCCGUGCGUACUGGGAACACCAAUGUUCUCAAGCCUGCUCCACAAAUCGACUGCCCUAUAAAUUUGAAGGCUAUUG